AUGGCAGAUUUAACUUCCACUGAUAAGCAGCAGUACCAACUUAGUACGAAGGCGAAUUCUAUGCAGAAGAAAAUGUUGACAAGUUCAAUGGACUGCCAAUCACUGAAUUCAGAUUCUGGAGCAGUGGAAACAAACGGUCUAGCAUUUGCUGGUCACAUUUCGGAGCAGUCGCAAAUCCACUUUACUCUGUCCGAAACAGGGGAUUUACCAGAUAUGACGACUGAAGCACUAUGA